AUGGCAGACGACUCUUAUCAUGGCGCCAUCGUGGUCUUCAGUCCUGUGUGCUAUACAGCCGCUCCGACUCCCUCGCCAUCGCCAGCACCUACAAGUGUACCCACCCCUUCGCCGACAGUGCCAUCCACCCGGCCGGAAUUGGUGGAGGCGAGACUUGCAGCGGCAGUUCACGGUGUCGACAUUGUCUUCAACCCUGGGCCCUGGAGCCUAGGUCUAUGGUGUCAUGAGAACAUCUGCUCAGAAGGUACAUGCUCCGUAUCUGACCUGCUCGAGAGCGGCACGGUGGUGCUGGUGGGGACUGGAGCAUCUUGCAGCUGGAAGGAUGAUAGUACUGUCGUUGUCACAUUCGGCACAGGCUACACCUUGGCAGAGAAUAGCACCGUGGUUCUCAGUGGCGAUUACAUUGCCGGAUGCGCAACGUGUACACAAUACGCUUCAGGCUCUACUCUUGUACUGGGCCGGGCUCUUCCACCAGAGUUGUCUUCCGCCCAGUUCACCGACACAGGGGCCCAGGUAACGCUUGGGGUCCUGUCGACGAUCGCUCCCUCGUCGAGCGAAGGCUGUACGGACGGAGAUGGAACCUCACUAACGCUGCUGGCCGGCGUGGUUCGAACUGAAAUCGGGGCAUUUCUUACCUCCUCAGCAGCAUGCGUGGUUGUCAACUACCCCGCUAACCCAGACCCGCCGUUCGUGGACAUUAGCGCCCCCGGUGCCGUUGGAUACUGCGACGACCUCACGCUCGAGGGAAGUGCCACCAUGCCCUCGAUAGGCAGCUCCAACGUGACAUGGGAAGUCGCCCUCGCAGGAAGUGACCCGACCGUGGACCUCUCAAACGUUUCAAGGGUAUUGGAAGAGGCUAGCUCUAACAAAGAGCUAACGGUGACGAUUCCGAGCGAGCAUCUCGCUGUGGAAAACACUUUCUCCUUCGUCUUAAGAGUGGAUACAGUUCUUGGGGGCUCUUCAGAAGCGGUGGUGGAGGUGUACAAAUCCUCCCUUGGGCUGCUUGUCUCGCAGUCGAGAUACUCAGUGGGCCGAUAG